UGUCGUUCCAAGAUCGUAGGCUGCUCAUUGCUUCGGAGAUGUUCCUGCUGUGUCAAACUCGGUUCAGACUGAAUUUUUAACAUUUGGCUUCGACCCUACUGUCCCGGACUGAGGGCACCGUCGGCAGAUUCAUUGGUCAGGUUUCUGGUAAGGGGUGGAUUUUUGGACAGUUCAGCAUCCAGCAGAACACCCAUCGGAGGAUUCGUCCAUCAGGAGACCAAGAUUCCAGUUAACUGGAUGGCGAGCCAACCCGUGGAAAGAUUGAGAGACCAAGAGAAGGAGGAUCGCUUCUGCAGAAGAAUUACUGCGCUCAUGGUGCGGUAGGACAGAAAAGACACACUCAUACACUUGGAUUGGGCCCCAGCGACCGAUCCUCUGACUAACACCAAAAAGACUGGACUCGGACGUUUCUAUUUUUUUGUCAUUGGUGCGCACUUUAUUAUUUUUUUUAUUGUAUUGUUGUAACGUUGUUGUUGUGCAGCUAAUCUGCACUAAUUGUACUUAUUACACAUGUUUUGGCAAAUCCAUUCUGUGUGUGUCUCCUUACUGACGCUCAGACCUCAGGCUCCAAGCGCCCUAGUCUCUGAUGCUGGUCCAAAUCUAAUAUAUUUACGGUUUUGAUGUAACAAAGUUGUUACAUCUGUGGCGAGCCAGCCAGGAGCCUGAAGUGAAGUGAGUAUCAGUAUUGAGAAAAGAAAAUAAUGGAUUUUAUUGAGCAGUCAGGUGUUAAGAUUCCUAAUUCAGUGAUUGUGUGUGGACUGACUAACUCAGAGAAAGACGAAAACGUGCUAGACUUUCUAAAGAGAUACGGCAGCAUUCAAAAUGUAGUGUCAGGUAAUGAUAAAGCCUCAGAGUAUUACCAAAACCUGAUCAUUGAAUUCUCGAGUGGCUUAGCUAUAGAAGCUUUGGAACCCCUUUUGCCAUAUAAGUACAUCUUGGAAGAGGACCCAAGUAUUGUAUUCUGUGUCAGAAGGCUAGCCAGUGUUUACACUGCAAAGGUUGGGGAGGGAUUCACUAGGUCAUACCUAUCUGAGUUGAGAGGCCUAGCCAAGCGUAGUGGUGAAGAAUAUGAGGUAAUUCUGAAAGAAAUGAUGUCUCAGAUUAGCGAGGCUAUCGACCCUGUGAGGGAGGCAACUUCUCCACUAUUCCUUGACACAAAUGACAAGACAGAGUUACCACAGCUCCAGACACUCCUUGUUCCCCCACAACCAACCGCAGACCAAGGUGCAGCAGCACCAAUCCCACUUCCUAGUGUGGGAAAGACCUCAUCUAUUACACUAAGUGACGUGAACCCACCAGAAAUCCAAAAGGUGGUGGUCGAACACAUUGUAAGGAAGGAGAACAUAGGACCAGACUUAUACUCCUCCGUCUGGCUCCGUUCCUUUUCAGGCAGGACGCCCAGACCCAAUAAUGAGUCAGACUACGAUACCUGGCGUUCACAAAUUGACCUGCUUCUGAGUGAUCCUAGCAUGUCGCAUCCACAGAUCACGCGAAGGCUUCUUGAAAGUUUGCUUUCUCCUGCAGCUGACGUAGUCAAGGGGUUAGGGCCCAAAUCUUCUCCCGUACUCUACUUACAGCUGUUAGAUUCAGCUUUUGGUGUUGUUGCAGAUGGAGAGGAGCUUUUUGCUCAGUUCAUGAAUACUCUUCAAGACCCUGGUGAAAAACCAUCUACCUAUCUUCAGCGUCUGCAGCUAGCUUUAAAUUUAGCUGUUAAGAGGGGAGGGGUGGCACCUCAGGACAUAGAUAAGCACCUUCUCAAGCAGUUUUGUAGAGGAUGCUGGGAUAGUACAUUGCUCUCGAGCCUGCAGCUUGAGCAAAAGAAAGGCAGCCCUCCAUCUUUCUCAGACCUCUUGCUAAUGCUGCGCACUGAAGAGGAUAGGCAAGCAGCAAAGGAUGCCCGAAUGAAAAAACACAUAAGCUCCACAAAGCAACGAGCUCACAUUCAUUCUCAGAGUACUUGUGGGUGUGCACAGCUACAAGAACAACCAGAGACACGUCUCAAUGCAGUUGAGGAUCUUAAAAAGCAGAUAGCCAGUCUGCAGAGCCAGCUAGCUUCAGUUAUAUCACAGAAAAAGACAAGAAAGUAUGACACUAAAGGAACAGCAGAAAAAUCAAAUAAGUCCAAGUCAAGUAGUGUUCACACAGAGGGGUUCAGGCGACAGGAGAGAAGCAGACUGGCAGGCCAAAGCCCUGGUACCGUUUUCACUGUGGGGAAGAUGGGCAUAUAACCCCAUCUUGCACCAGCCCGGCAAAUUCCACUCUGGUGACAGAAAAGAGAAGACAGUUGGAGGAGAAACAACGCAUGUGGGAAAGGCAAAACCACCCUAGUAAGUCAUACUCACCUUUAAACUAGAUUCAGUCCCCGUUGUGGGGCAAACAGGGGCUGAACUGAAUCAACCACGUCCCUCAGAUGUUAAAAGUGGAAACAGAGUUCCAUGUGCCAGUCUUGAACAUUUAACGAGUGAAGACCAACAUUUCAGGCUUCCUAGAGGGUUGAUCGGUACCAAGAGCACGGCUGAAGUCAUUAUUAAAGGUGAGCAGUUUAACUGCCUACUUGAUACAGGCUCGCAGGUGACUACCAUACCUCAGUCUUUCUAUGAACAGUAUUUGUCAGAGCAAGAAAUCAAGCCGCUCUUUGACCUCUUGGAAGUUGAAGGUGCAAAUGGGCAGGCCGUGCCUUACCUGGGUUAUAUAGAAACCAGUGUCACCUUCCCAAAAGAGUUCCUUGGAGUGUCCAUUGAAGUUGCCACAUUAGCUCUAGUAGUCCCUGAUGUUAAGGCCGCCUCAGAGUCUCUCCUGCUAAUAGGCACAAAUACACUUGAUGCUUUAUAUGACACUUAUUGUGAA